AUGAACGCACGAAUCAUCAGGAACGGUCUUGGUAUCGUCGGCCGUCAGUCAGUCGCCGUCCGUCGACCGUUGAGUACGACUCGAGUCGUGGGUCUCAAGGAGACAAGUGACCCCGAAAACACCGACUAUGAGAAACACAAGGCCGACUCCCUCUCCAAGAGGAAACAGGGACAGUCCCACUGGAAGCGAGAGCUCGCAUCGGAUAGCGAGGAGGCACUCAGGGCGGAUCGCUCGCCACCCGAGGACCCGGCGAAGCUGCAGGAGCGUACCAAGAGGGUUGUUGAGAGUAGUAAUAAGGAGGAUGUAUAG